CCCCUUCCCCUCCGGUUCACCGCUGACGUACAUGUUUAUUUACAGCUGCUAGACUAGUUGACGUUAAAACUAUUGUCGUCUGAUUACAAAGAAAGGUCAUUUUAUAUAAAUUUUAGGUAUGUAAUGAUCGACUUUAUCGGACUGUAAAAUAUGAAUACGAUUGGUGGCGUUAGAAUUUUGAAGGUUCUCUAGUCAAAUGCUGUCAGAUUUUGUAGGAUUCGUUAUCAGCAACUGGGUUGCAUCCAGAGAGAAGUUGAGAAACCAGUGUCAUAGAACUUUAUUGCUAUGGCUCAACAAGAGAAUGUCAGUGCUAAAGACCCAAAAAGUAUUGAAAUACCUUGCACACAAGAGGCUUUUAGAAAUCUGAGGAAUGCAAAACGAUUUGCCAUAGAUAUUGGUAUAUCUCUGACAAAAAUUGCCUACUAUUCAACGGUGUCACAUCGACGAGUACUUUAUGAUUCAGAGAGAGAAGAUGGCAAAUCUAGAGUUUCAGACAGAAACUCAUUUGUGUAUGAAGUUUCCGAAGGAGCCCGGCUCCAUUUUAUCAAAUUUGAAACAAAGUACAUUGAACAUUGUCUGGACUUUGUUCGAGCAAAUCUUAUCCAAAGUAAAGAUAAAAUGGCUGGAAAAACUAUUAAAGCAACAGGCAUCGGCACAUUCAGAUAUGCUGAUUUGCUUCAAGAUAAACUAGGCUUGUCAGUCGACAAAGAAGAUGAAAUUGACUGCCUCAUUAAAGGUUGCAAUUUUCUUCUGAAAAAUAUUUCAAAUGAAGCUUUUACAUACCAUCGCCAUGGGGAGCCCGAGUAUGUGUUUCAGUCUGCUGAUCCUAACAUAUUCCCUUACAUGUUGGUAAAUAUUGGUUCUGGAGUGAGUAUUAUGAAGGUUGAAAGUGAGCAUUGUCAUGAAAGAAUUGGUGGUACAGCAACUGGGGGAGGAACGUUUUGGGGAUUGGGUUCAUUACUUACUUCAGCCAAGGGCUUUGAUGAGUUGUUAGAUCUGGCUGAGAAAGGAGACCAUCGAAAUGUUGAUGUGUUGGUUGGAGAUCUGUCUGGUUCAGAUUAUGAAAAGUUUGGAUUGUCUGGUGAUUUGAUUGCCUCAGCUUUUGGAAAAGCAAUGAACUGUAAUAAUGCAUCAAAUGAAAAAUGCAAGUCACAAUUUGCUGAGGCUGACAUCGCCAAAAGUUUGCUCUUUACAAUCAGCAAUGACAUUGGGCAAAUAGCUUGUUUGUAUGCAAUGAUGCAUAAUCUGAAAAAGGUUUACUUUGGUGGACACUUCUUGCGGAAUCAUCCUCUUAGUAUGCACACUGUCAGUUUCGCCAUCAAUUACUGGAGCCGAGGUCAAGUUCAAUCUCUAUUCCUGCGUCAUGAGGGGUACCUUGGAGCAAUUGGUGCCUUCUUGAAAGGAGCCGAGGAAUGUGAUACUGACAAAUAUUCUUGGCAAGAAAAUUAUGAUGGCAGUUCUGGCUUGCAGGGAACUGUAGUAACUCCUUUACUGGCAGGCCUGCCUGUCAGCCAGUUGGAAAUUGAUCGUUGGGAGUCAGCAGUUGGAUUCUUUCCCUUACUUGCGGAUCCAGCCGACUAUACGCCUGACACGGUAAAUCUCACGCAAGACAAUGACGCUAGACAUUACUGGCUUGAUAGUUUUGAGACAUCUGUAGAUAAGUAUGUUCAGAGAGCAGUCUUAAGCCAACCUGAUUCAGAAACAGCUGAGGAAAGAGGGCAAAAGUUUAAAGAUAAGUUUGUAGCCCGAAUUCAGUAUUUAAGAACCCAUCCAUUUGCUUAUGGCAGUCUAACUGUAAGAAGUCUUUUAGAUACCAUAGAACACUGUCUGCGUGAGCUAGAUUUCCCAGACCCCUAUUUAUUGCAAAAGCAGUCUGAAAAUGAAACAGCUCUUAAUGAGUUAUCUACCAGAUUUUCUGACUUGGAUAAACUCUCUGGCUCAGAGCUCCAUGAAGUACUUGUCACAUCAAUACUUGCGGGUAACAUGUUCGACUGGGGUGCUGCUGAGUCCGUCAAACUUAUUGACAAGGGUUCUUUUGGCAUGAAAGAGGCCCUUGGGGCAAUUCAGCCUCGACCAUGGUUAAUAGAUGACCUUGAUCUUUGGGUACAUCACAUGAAAACUAGACCAGCACACAAUUGUUGCGCUAUUUUUGUAGACAACUGUGGCGUGGAUUUGAUUCUUGGCAUCAUACCAUUUGCAAGAGAAAUGUUGAAAAGGGGCACCCGUGUGUUACUGUGUUCUAAUUCAGAGCCAGCUUUAAAUGAUGUGACUCAUACCGAACUCUUAGGAGUUCUUAGUAGAGCUAGUUCUCUAUGUCCAGUUAUUGCAGGGGCACUCACAACCCAACGUUUAAUUGCUGUUCCCACAGCUCAGUCUGGGCCUUGUUUGGAUUUCAGCCGCGUUAGCAUACAAUUAAUUCAAGCAAUGAUUCAUCACAAUGUCGACCUUAUAGUUAUAGAAGGUAUGGGACGAGCUCUUCACACCAAUCUACUAGCCAAAUUCAAAUGUGACUGUCUCAAGUUGGCUGUCAUAAAGAAUCGCUGGCUAGCUCAACGCUUAGGAGGUGAUAUAUUCUCAGUUCUAUGUAAAUUUGAACCAAUGCCCUCAAACAAGUGUAUUCCAGAGGAUCAGGGUCGGUAUAAAAUUGAUACAAUGCAUAAAACAGAAGCAAUGGAGGCACGGUAGUUCACCCUCUACAAAAUAUACACACCCGUGAAUCCUUUAGAAUGUCUGUGAAACACCAAAGGAGUAUAUGUUGGUUGUUUUAAAAUGAAGAGUGCAGAAAAUUCUUCUGUAGCGUAAUGAACUUGCCACUGCCAUUGUUGGUUAUCCCACAUAAAAUGUUUCCUUUGUUGACAUUUAUGACCCAGUAUUGAAUUUACUUAAAUUCUUGAUGGAUUGUGCUUGAUUCUGUAUACAACACACUUUCAAAAAAGAAAAAAAUCAAACAAGAUUCAAAUCCUGAAAGAAGUUUGACCUGUGUGCCAUAUAUUUUAAAAUCCUACGUCACUCAUAUUUUUUAUUGUGAUGUACCUACCUUAAGCACUGAGCAGUAAUAUGUUAUUAAUAAUCUGCUUUUACUUAAUAAUUGAGAUGGUAGGUUAAAAUUAUCAGUAUGAGCAUUAUCAUUUUACAUUUAAAACCUUGUUGAUCUUCUUCAUUUCUCUUUUAUGCAUUUCAUACAUUUGCUGUCAUCUUGUUCCCUCAUUCACUAAAAGAACUUGUUUUUCUAGUUGAAGCACCUAGUUUCACUUCAUUAUGGUAGUGUUUGUAAUCUAUUUUUUUUAUAUCUAUCUUAUUUUACUUAUUUAUGGAUGUUUCCUCUAUUAACUCUGCGUUGAUAUCUAGUAUUUCAUUUCCCUAAGAUGUGCCAUAUCUCUCAAAUUUGAUUCCUUGUUGAUUACCUAAACAGUAUAAGCUUUAGUUUAUACUAAGUUUGUUAUUGCUUUGAAGUUGCUGCCAAAUAACGAGUGAAGAAAAAUAACGUAAAUAUAGGUGGAUAAGCUGAAGCAAGCCAUAUGGCGCAGCCACAUAGUUUUCUCCCUAGAGUUAAGGCAUGUGGCUUUUUCUUCAGCUUACUCCAGAUUCAACUUGAUGAGGCUUUAUCUACCCAAUGCUAUUUUUGUUCUGUUAAGAGUGUUCUGUGGUGCCUAUAUUUUCAAAAUACAAAUGGUGCUAAUCUAGAUACCAAAAUUUCUUCUUGUUAUAUUUGUUUGCCAAUGCUGCUCUAUGGGUCCAACAGAUGAACUCUUGUAUAUAUUUUAGAUAAAGUAUUAAAAUUUUUAUAUCUGCGGGCACCUUAGACCAUUGUAUUUGCACUCAAAGCUGGCUGUUUUAGAAAAAGAAAAAUGAUUGAGUAUGAUACUUGGAUUGCUAGUCUUAAACUAAUUCACAAUUUGCAUCUCAAAUUUUUCAAAUUAAAAAUUCUGAGAGUUCAUAUUAUUUGUUGUAAGACGGAUAGGUUUAACAGUCAAUUACAUUGAAGUAAAGUAACACAACAGCAACUCUAUGUGCUAAAAAAUUACUAGGGAGCAAAAUGUUCAAUUAAGUAAAUAAAAGACGUGAGGUCAAUCUACUUGAAGGAUAAAUUCAAUCUUAAAGAUAAUUUGAUUGGACCACAUGGUUCUCCUCAUACAAGGUAUGCCACUUAAUUGAACCAUUGUGAUACAAUUGUUACAAACUAUUAAUUAUAUUUAAAAAAAAAGUUACAUAUUAAAUCCUAAAUCUUUUCCCA